GAAGUUUAGUCUUUAAAAGAUUCGCUUAGCAAAAAGUACUGUGAGUUAAUUGUGGCUGGUGGAUAAAAAAAAAAAAAUAAAAUAAAAUAAAAAAAUCAAACAUGCGUUUAUGGAAUGCACAAAUAAACUUGAGGCUAUUUUUAGGCCUUUUAAUAACAUUACUCAGUGUCGAUCAUUUAGACGCCUAUAAAUUCUUGGGUGUAUUACACUUUAGUUCUAAAUCCCAUUUUAUAGUCGGUUCUGCCCUAAUGCGUGGCCUAGUGGAAAAGGGUCAUGAAGUGACAGUAAUUAGUCCAUUUCCUUUGAAAAAACCUAUGAAAAAUUAUCAUGAUGUACCGGUGCCAUCGGUAUUAACAAUAAUGGAAAAGGAAACUGAUGGACUAUUAGAAACAACGAAACGUAGUUUGUUGGAAAAUAUUGUAUCAUUUCAUAAUAUUGGCUUGAGAGUGACAGAGGCAGUUCUCAAUGAACCGAGUGUCAAAGCUUUAUUGGCCAGCAAUCAAACGUUUGAUGCUGUCAUUUCUGAAGUAUUUUUAGCGGAAGCUUUAUAUGGAAUAAGUGAACAUUUUAAGGCGCCUUUAAUAGGUUUGGGUACUUUUGGUGCCAUUGCAUGGAAUACCGAUAUGGUAGGAUCCCCUUCACCACCUUCGUAUGUACCCAAUGCAUUUUUACCCUUUACUGAUCAUAUGUCCCUGAAAGAACGUCUUAUAAAUUUGGGCUUUUCCACAUUUGAGCGUUUGUUUUUGGAACUCUACUAUUUGCCUAAACAAGAGCAAAUUUAUAAUAAAUAUUUUCCCGAUAAUGAAAGAAACAUGUAUGAUGUACGAAAAAAUGCAGCUUUAGUACUGCUAAAUUCUCAUGUUUCUUUAAGUUUUCCUCGCCCCUAUGUACCGAAUCAGGUGGAAGUUGGUGGUAUGCAUAUUAAUCGCAAUAGAAACCCAUUACCGCAAGAUAUAGAAAAAUUCAUAAAUGAGUCAGAACAUGGUGUGAUAUAUUUCUCCAUGGGUUCUAAUAUAAAGGCGAAAAAUUUGCCGAUUGAAAAAAGAAAGGAGUUGCUUAAAGCUUUAAAAUCUCUUAAACAACGAGUGCUAUGGAAAUUUGAAGAUCCUCAGCUAGAAGGCAAACCGGAUAAUGUUUUCAUUAGCGAUUGGUUUCCCCAGGAUGAUAUAUUGGCUCAUGACAAUGUUAAGGUUUUCAUUACACAUGGUGGUCUAUUGAGCACCACCGAGAGUAUAUACCAUGGCAAACCUUUUAUAGGUAUACCCAUAUUUGGUGAUCAAUUUCUUAAUAUGGCCAAAGCAGUGGCCAAUGGUUAUGGUAUUAUGUUGGAUUAUAAAAAUUUAACUGCUACAGCUCUGCAGCAAGCAGUGGAGACGAUGUUGGCUAAUCCCAACUAUACUAAGUUGGUAAGGAAUAUGUCAAAACGUUAUAAAGAUCAACCUAUAGAACCUUUAGCACUGGCUACCUAUUGGGUAGAACAUGUGGCAAGACAUAAGGGUGCUAAAUAUCUACACUGCGCUGGUUUGGAUAUGAAUUUUAUACAAUAUCAUAAUAUUGAUGCUAUAUUGAUUUUAUAUGGUGGCCUAUUGUUUGUAUUAGUCGUAAUCGUAUGGCUACUGAAGUAUUUGGUGAAAUUGGCAUGUUGCAAGAAAUCAAAAUUGGAUAAUACUAAGAAAUUAAAGAAGAAUUAAUUUAAGAUUAUAUGUUAAUAUUAUGUUUAAGUAUUUUUGUUUUAUUUGCAUAUUGGGACCUAUAAUUAAUAUGUAUACAAAUAAAUAUAACGAAUUUUCAUUA